AUGCCCCCCCGCCUCCUCUUCAUCGCCUCAAUCGGCAACAAAGCCCCCCUCCGCCGAACCCGCCAUUCAGCAGGCCACCUCCUCCUAGACGCAGUAGCACCUCUCCUCCCAGCAUCCCUCCCAGACACAGACUUCCACCAAACAUGGUACAGCCCAACCUACAUGAACGUAACGGGGCCGAAGCUCGUGCGCGCCCUCGAGCAAUGGGCCACAUCCCAGAACGAAAUGCUUCAAGCGAAAGGACUCUCUCCACCAUCUACUCCCGGCGGCGCAAAUCCAACCACCUCCGCCUUCCCCGCAACGCUCGUCAUCCUCCACGACGAGCUCGAAUCCCCGCUCGGUAAAGUGCGCGUGAAACGCGGUGGGCCCGAGUCGGCCAGUUUGCGCGGUCAUCGCGGACUGAUUAGUAUUUGUGAGACGUUGCGCGGGAAGGGACUGUACCCGUCGCGCCGGGGAGCGAGGCUGGAUCUGUCGAUUCUGAGGAUUGGGGUGGGGAUUGGGAGGCCCGAUAGUCGGGACAAGGGCGCUGUGUCGGAUUAUGUGCUGGCGAAUGUGUCGCCGGCGGAGUUGGCGGCUUAUCAGCGGGCUGCGGAGCCUGUUGUGAAGGUCUUGGCUGAGGAGCUUUAUCGGGCUUGA